AUGAAGUUCAUUGGUAUCGUCGCUUUCGCAGCUACUCUUGCAGCUGGUCUACCUGCUGUCAGAGUGGAUGAGAACGCACCAGUCGCCAGAGGCGAAGUGCCGGUUUCGAUCGAAGCACGUCAGCUGAGCUCCAGAAAUGAUCUGGAGAGCGGAAGUUCUUCUGCUUGCCCUAAAGCUAUCUUGAUCUUCGCUCGCGGGUCUACUGAGGCAGGAAACAUGGGAACAAGUGCUGGUCCUGUUCUUGCGAGCGCUCUUGAAGACAAGUAUGGCAACGGAAUCUGGAUCCAGGGCGUCGGUGGCGCAUACACUGGUGCAUUGAGCCCGAAUUUCCUUCCUCAGGGAACGAACCAGGCCUCCAUUAAUGAAGCUAAGAGGCUCUUUACCCUAGCUAACACCAAAUGUCCUAAUACCCCUGUUGUGACAGGUGGAUAUAGCCAAGGUACGGCUGUGGUAGGCAACGCUCUUUCGGAGCUCAGCUCCACAAUCCAGGCCCAAGUUAAGGGUGCUGUUCUCUUCGGAUACACCAAAAACCUCCAAAACCUCGGCCGCAUUCCCAACUACCCCACGUCCAGAACCAAGGUUUACUGUGAAGCAGCGGAUGCUGUUUGCUAUGGUACACUGUUCAUCCUGCCUGCCCACUUUCUUUACGUGGAUGAUGCAGCGGUUGCGGCUCCCAGAUUCCUUAUCAACCAGAUCUCGAGCAGUUAA